AUGGCAGACGUAGAAUACCUGCGCAAUCUCCUGGGAGUUCACCCAAACUUUCCUAAAAAGGGGAUUACCUUCCUCGAUCUGUUCCCCAUCCUACGGGAUCCCGUCGCGUUCGAGACGCUUAUCACCCAUCUUGUGCAUCACAUAACCUCGCAGACGAUCCCAAGGACUGAGUCCAAGAAGAUUGAUACUGUUGUUGGCCUGGAUGCGAGAGGCUUCCUCUUGGGUCCGAUUGUUGCACUGAGACUGGGAGCCGCGUUUGUUCCUGUGCGGAAAAAAGGAAAGCUUCCUGGAAAAUGUACAACGGUGACGUACGAAAAAGAAUAUGGAGCGGACUCGUUUGACAUGCAAGAGGGUGCUAUUCCUGCAGGAUCCAACGUUGUUAUCAUCGAUGAUUUAAUCGCGACAGGCAAGUCCUCUUAUCUCUAUUCAUUUCAUCCCACUGAUAUCGUCGGUGAUGCAGGGGGAUCAGCGAAGGCUGCGGGAGAACUUGUCGCAAAACAGGGCGGCAAGACUGUUGAAUACAUUUUUGUCGUCGGCCUUCCUUUCCUCAAGGGGCACGAGAAACUCGACGCCCCGGCAUAUUCUAUUAUUCAAGCCGAAGAUUGA